GGGCGGUAUGGCACAGUUCAUCCAGGCAGAUCCAGGCGUACUUGUUGAUUACACAUAACUCCGCGAGCUCAUCUGUACUCCUCGAAGCAACCCUCCCAAGUUCAUCAACUCAAAAAUAUCCUCUAGUUUUUCAUCGACUUUCUCCGAUAUUCUUCAAAAUUUAUCAAUCUGCAAGUAUGGCUGGAUUGCGUAUGCUGGUAUCCUGUCUUCUCAUCCUGGCCGUGGGAUUCGCGACUGCUCAACAAAUGACGAUUGUCUCACCGGCGAAGGGAGCUGUUUUGUCCCCUGGUCAAAAGACCGACUUUGAGCUCCACUUUACAUCCACUACUUCGUCAGUCAAGACUGUCGCGGUCACUUUGGGCUUCAAAUCAGUCAAAGACAAUGCUCCUAAGGAGUCUGUAGGACAUGUACUCAAGACGAUCUAUGCUAGCGACCUCCACAUCGAUCCUAAAACUUUGAGCUACAAGUUUUCGACUAUCUUGCCUGAAGCCAAGGACUUCACUGCCGGUGUUUCUUCAACUCCUUAUGACCUCGUGCUCUCCCAGUAUUUGCUUUUAGGGGCCACUCAAAGCCCCAUGCUUUACAGCAAUUCGACUGAAGUCACUGUCAAGAAGUAAAAGGUUUCUUCCGUUUGCAUAGAUCGUCCAUGAGAAUACGUCUUGUAUCAUUCAUAUGCCCCAGUCUGAUUUUUCCGCGGGGAAAAUUUAUCAUGUUUGACUGCUACCAAGUCGUACUUAUGAUGAAUCAAAUGCGGACAAAUUAAGCCAGCUCUUUUGGAAAUAAGUAUCACCAUAACUCUUUUGACUGAAAUAUGAGCGACUUGUAAUUCAACCCGGAAAGAAAAAUACUGAGAUAUCGCCGUUUCCAACAAGUCUAUGUUGGACAGGUCAAACAA